AUGGCUUCUCCCCGUCCUCCCAACUUCGGGCCACAAGGCUAUCCUCUCGCGAACGGCGCGACACCUUCUGGUCCCGCCCCCGGAGCUACGCCGCUUCUCCCAAACAAUGGCCGGGUCAUCCAGAACGGCCCUACCCGAAUCCUUUGCAUUGCUGAUGUACGCGGAAAUCUGAAGUCACUCAACGAGCUGGCCAAGCAGGCCCGCGCGGACCACAUUAUUCACACUGGCGAUUUCGGCUUCUACGACGAUACUUCGCUUGAUCGCAUCGCAGAUAAGACCUUGAAGCACGUCGCCCAGUAUUCGCCGCUCUUGCCUGAGAAUGUGAAGCGCGCCAUCUCUCAAGUUCCCGCCCAGCAGUCCAUUAAGCAACCUCCCCUGUCCGAGCUAUCUAUGCUCCUCGACAAGCGCAUUACUCUCGAUGUUCCUGUCUACACUGUCUGGGGCGCUUGUGAAGAUGUUCGUGUGCUCGAGAAGUUCCGCUCCGGAGAAUACAAGGUUGAUAAGCUGCACAUCAUUGACGAAGCCAAUUCACGACUGCUCGACAUUGGCGGUGUGAAGUUGCGUUUGCUAGGUCUCGGUGGUGCCGUCGUGAUGCAUAAGCUUUUCGAUAAUGGCGAAGGAAAGACGACCAUUGCUGGCGGCCAGGGUACCAUGUGGACCACCCUGCUCCAGAUGGGUGAACUCAUUGAUACUGCAAACCGAGUCUACGAUCCUUCUGAGACCCGUGUCUUUGUCACCCACGCCUCGCCCGCCCGCGAGGGCAUGCUCAACCAGCUUUCGGUCACUCUCAAGGCAGACUUCUCUGUUUCGGCUGGCCUGCAUUUCCGCUAUGGAUCAUCUUACAACGAGUUCUCGGUCAACCCUUCCUUGGACCAUUACCGCGGCAAGCUUGCCGCUUCCAAGGCGUCCUUCAACGAUGUCUGGGAGACCGUCCGUGGCGAAGUGGAAUCUGCUAUCUCUUCUAACGAGGCCCAAAAGACUCUGCUCGACAAUGCUCUCGAUGUCGUUCAGAAGAUGCCUUCUAUCGCCAAUGGCGGUAACCCUUUUGGUGGUCCUGUUGCUGCUGGCAAUGCCGCUGGCCAGGUGGAUGAGAGUGCAUUCAAGAACAUGUGGAACUUCAAUCUGGCUGAUGCUGCAUUCGGUUACCUGGUUCUCGAGAUUGAGGGAGGUCGCAUCGCGACGGAAAUGCGCGCCCAGGGUUUCAAUUUCGCCCAUCGCAGCGGAAAGCCCAUCGCCGCUGGUGCUCCUGUGGCCAGUGGCCUUCCUGCUACUACUGCUUCGCCCGCUCCUACCGGCGCUGGUGGUCGUCCGACUGCUGCCACUCCUCAGUUCAGCCAGCCCGCCCCGGCUCGCGCUGCUCCGGCCCCGGGCCAGCAGGGUCAGCCCAAGGGUCAGCCUGCGCGUGGCUCCCCUAUUCCAGUGAUCCCCAAGGCCGCUAGCCCCCAGCAAGGAGCUGCGGCAUCUGCCCAGCCCGCUCAUGAGGAGAAGGCCGUUGGUGCCGACACCAACGGCACUGCCCAUCCUGAAAAGCCGUCUGAGUCCCCUGCUCCUCGCGGUGAAAAGAAACCUAGCAAUGGACUUUUCGUCGCCAACGUCGACACGGAGCAAGCGAUCCGCGACUUGAUUCCCGAAGAAGACCAAGCCAAGAUUGUCAAGAUUGACAAAUACGGAAAGUUUAACCAUGUUGUUAUGUUCGCCACUGUGGAGGAGGCUAAGGGGGCUAUGGAUCGCCUUCCCCUCGAAUACAAGAAGUCUGGCCCGCCUGUCACCGGCCAGCCUCGCAAGCCCAACUUCAAGUACUUCGAGGAGCGUACCCGGGGUCAGGGUAACGCCGGUUCUUGGCAGAGCAGCAGUCGCGGCGGAUCCAAUGCCGGCUCGCGCGGAUACCAGUCUGCUAGUGAUAGCGAGGGUGCCCGCCGGGGCGGAUUUGGUGGUCGUGGCCGUGGUGACCGCGGCCGUGGAGGUCGUGGUGGCCGUGGCGGCCGCGGUGGUUUCCGAGGUGGUGCAGGUUCCAACGACUCCCCGGCUCCCUCCACGCCGUCGAGUGACAAGCCUGCUCCCUCCACCGAUGCCUAA